AUGAGCUCGUCUGAGGCCAGUGAGCCGGAGGCGCUGCCCCCGGUGCCCUUCCUGGUGCGGGCCUCACGUCGGGACCAUGUCACGGUUCUCAGCAGCAGCGACAGCGACGACGAGCGGAUCCCGGACGUACCGCUCCUGCAGCGCCUGUGCCGCCCGCCUCCUCUAGGGGCCGCUGCAUCGCGACCUGUUCCUCAGAAGAGCGUCUCGUCACGUGAUGUUUCCUCCAGACCGCAAGGGGCCGCUGCGCAGAGGAAUCCUCCCCAACAGCGCCCCGCCUCCUCACGUGACCUCCCAGCCCAAGCUGACGGCUGUGACCCUCCCCUGCGGGGCGCAGCAGCACCUGGUCCUGGCAAGGUCUCCCAGUCCAGAAAGGGGAAGAAGAGCUUGGAUGUGGUCACUGUUCACAUAGACACGGUUCUCCUACAGGAUGGAUCAGGUGGACAAGUGCUAAGUGCUCUGCAGGCUCAGGAAACUCCAUGUGCCAUCCAAUCCCAGCCGGUGCCAAGGAGCAUCACCUGGAGCCGAACUGCGGAGAACAUAGAUGGGGAUGCGUUGUGCCAAGAAGAAGCAGAAAUUAUCAUCCUUGUUCCUGCCGAAGACUUUGUUGCCAUGGUUCAGAGCAGUAAGACGGAAACCGGACAUGACCAUGUUACCCUAAGCAGCUUUGUGGCACGUAUCGUGGCUAACAAGUCGUGUGCCAUCCCUACCCUGGUGGUAAUGGAGCUAGAGAAAUACUUCAAGAAUCAGAUGACAAAGAGCCGGAAGAAGCUGAAGGAGGCUGUGCGAGGAGAAGGUGCCAAAGACAAGGGACAUAAAAGGAAACGCAAGGAGGAACUAGCUCCACCACUGAGCAGGCUAGACGUGGAGGAGGCCGUGAUGGUCUUACAACUUCACUCAGAUGUCCAUGUUUGGUUCCUGGAAACCUGGAAGGAGUUUUCGGACUUUGUCUGCAUGUUUAGCAAAGCCGUGACGGAGGCUCCAAUCAAGAGGCAGCGGGAUAAUUCGUCCUUCUCUUUCUACCUGGAUGGUGAGUGGGCAGGAGGGGUAAAAGUCGACCGCUGUGGGAAGGGUCUGUUGGAAGCAUGGAAGAGGCAAAUCCAGCAAUUCAACAGAGUCAGUGUGGAGGUGGCCAGUGCCGUGGUGGCCGUGUAUCCCUCUCCGCAGUUACUGCUUAAGGCUUAUCAGCGUUGUCAGACAGGCGCAGAGAGACACAAUCUUUUAAGUGAUAUCCUUGUGCGCCGCGGUGAGGGCGUUACCUCCACCUCCAGACGUUUGGGCCCUGAACUGUCCAAGCGCAUCUACCUGCAGCUUACGUCCUCAGAAGCGGAGUUAUCACUGGACUUAUGAUGGUACAGGGCUGUAUUUGUGCUGUGUGGCGAGGUUUCAUUGUGCGUCUAUUUUCUAUCCAGUUGCUAAGGGAAUACAGCACCUUCAUUUUUGGAUGGAUUUGUCAAUUCAUUCACCAGUCUGGGAUCCACAUUCUGCAUGGGGAGCGGGGGAGUAAGCCACUAUCAGACACCCCUGGCAACAGCUUAUAUCCUACUAAAGCAGGCACGCUCAACCUGCAGCCCUCCAGCUGUUGCAAAACUACAACUCCCAUCAUUCCCAGACAGCCUACAGCUUUCAGCCUACAGCAGGGCAUGGUGGGAGUUGUAGUUUUACAACAGCUGGAGGGCCGCAGGUUGAGCAUCCCUGUACUAAAGGAUCGUGCAUAUUGAAAUCUAACAGCCUGUUCCCUAUCUCCCAUGACCACUGUUGUCGGGGGAGAGUUGGGGAGCCCCCUUAUGUUUCAGAUGGUUGUCUACGCCUGCUAAAAGUAGUGGUCAGCUGACUUACAUCUAAUGUGUAUGACUAGAUUUAAUACCCCUUUCCAGGGGUUGUCCAGGUUAAUUGUAUUUAUUAUGUAGAGAAAGUUAAUACAAGGCACCUACUACUAAUGUAUUGUGAUUGUCCAUAUUGCUUCCUUUGCUAGCUUGGUUCAUUUUUCCAU